AGGUAUUGAAGAUAUUAGUUCGUUCCUUCGUGAUGAUACAGAUGCAGCAGAAGGUAGUGAAGAUAUCAGUUCGUUUCUUCUGAAGGAUGUAAAUUUACCCGGAAAUAAUCAAAUAGUAGUUGAAAGUCAACAAGGUCAAAAACGAUCAUUUGAACAUCAUACUGAUACAAUGGAAAAUGAAAAACAUUCGGAUUUAUCAAAUGAUGUAUCUUCUGAUGAUAUGCCAAAUUUAAAAAGAAAAUUUGUUGAACUUGAAGCUAAACUCGAGAUGUUAAAAGCUGAAUGGAUGCCUCGUCCAAUUGAUUCGAAGGUUAUCCAACAUUUCAAUGAAACAAUAAAUAUAUCACAUAUUGAUAAAGAAAAUACUAUUUUUCAUCAAGAUACAUCACCAGUGGACAUUAUGCGUAUACUCAAUAUGAAUAAAGAUCAACUUAAAAUAUGUAAUAAAAAGUCACCAACAGCUACUGCACGUUCGGUAAUAAAAUUUAUUUUUCCACAUCCUGAUUCUAAUUUCGGAUAUUCUCAAGUUGAUAAAAUCAUUAUUGAUACAAUUAUCCGGCUAGAUAUAUGUUGUGUUAUUGUUCGUGGUAUUUUUCUAACUAUAUAA